UCUACUGGAUCUACUUUAGGAGAAAUCUGACUUAAAACUGAUCUGUAGAGCUCUUUGAGCCUCAGAGAUUAGAUGAUCCUUCAGAGGAGCCGAUCCUGGUUUCGACCCGGUCCAGAUGCCAGCUGACCUUUGACCUCUCCGAGUCAUGGACGUGCGUCUGCAGGGCGACUCGCAGCUCUACAGGCUCAACGGCGGCGCCCGUCAAAACUCCAGACUGGGCCAAGAUAACACGCUGCAGUAUCUGAGCCGAGAGGAGAAGGAGUGCCUGCAAUUCUUUGAGGAUACCAUCGAAUCGUUGGAGGAGAGUCUGGAGGUCGAUAACCGGAGGCCUAGGCAGGUGACGCUCCCUAGAAGCAGGGGGGAUCUUUUCGAUCGUGUAGAUGGAGUCCAAAAUCUGAGCUCAAACCACAGUGUGAAUGCGUCGUCUCAUCAGGAUAUAAUUGACCUGGUCCACCAAAAAACAAAUGUAAAUAAUCAAGAACCAACCUUCAACCCCGCUAACCCAGAUUUUCAACAUUUACUACCAGCUCCUGAAAGCCACUUUGAGGUGAAGCCCAUACGUGACAGCUUGCCUUCAGAGUAUGAUCGUCCCCUACCAGGUGGAAGCUAUGGAUCUACGGAYGGUUACUCCUCCUACCAUCCCCCUGGUUCUGUCCCCACCCCUGUCUUGAUUGCUCGGAAGAUAGCUGAGAACAAAGGAGAAGGAAGUGCAGUCUUGCAUCCCUCCACGUUACUUCGUCGUCUUAGCUCGGCUUCUGACAAGGCGGGCAACAGGUCCAACGUUCAUGCCAAACAUGCUGCCGUUAAACACAGCCGCUACCCUUCGAACAUUAACAUAAAUUAYGGCAACAAGGAGCAGCACAACUCGGCGCCCAACCUAAACCUCCACGAGAGGCAGGUGCUGUCAAACCUACCGGCUAUCUCCUACCCUCUGAUGUCAAACAACACUCAGCAAGCUACGGAGCAGACGGAACAAAACACCCCGACUCGCUGUAUAUCAUUUAAYGACCCCGAACCAGACAAGUCCAGGAUGGAGGCUUUGUCUAAGCUGGGCUUGGACAGGAAAAGAGCCAGCUCAUUCCAUAAGACCCCUGACAACACUUCAAAGAGUCUCACCAAAAACCCAGACUCUAGUGCCAAAACUGUAGAGCCCAGUGUGGCCCCGGUCAUACAAAAGGGCUUCAGCUCGCCAGAACAAAAUGCUUCAGUACCACCUCCAAGCUACUUUCACAGUGACAGGAAGAUUGAAAUGUCGCCGACAUAUCCCCCUAAGAGCCAUGCUGAGAAAAGCUACCAGGAGAAGCCAUCAUCUCCAACAGCUGCCCCUCAUUCCCCGCCUUCAACUGACGUUACUAAGUUGGCGUUUAACAGCUACGGAGGGAAAUCCGUCAUUGUCCAUCCUGCGGUUUCCCCAAAGAAUGAAUCUACGACCCAUCCAACCAGCCCUGAACCUAAAAGCCCUACACUGUCUUACCCCAUUGAGCUAAACUCCUAUGGAGGAAAGUCUAAAGUCAUGGCCCCUGCACCUGCAUCGGCCCCUGCACCUGCUCUGGCCCCUGCACCUGCACCGGCCCCUGCACCUGUAACCAGGACCAAUCUUCCCGACAUCCUCAGCUCCCACAUCGACAAGACCCAAUCUAUGCCUCCUAAACUGGAGCCACAACUCGCUGAGCUCAACAGCUAUGGAGGGAAGAGCCGAAGCAUCAACCUCAUCAACAGGUCCAGUCAGCCAAUAAGCAGCUCUGUUAAAAGUGCCAAAUCUCCACCUCCAGCCACGGCCCCUAGACCUCCUCGAAGCUCCUACCAAGGYAUGAAUUUCCCCCCGAAGUCGCCUGCUCGGGCCCUGUCCCCCGAUCACAAGCGGAAGCCCAGCUCUAUGUUCCGUCCUCAGGGGAUAACUGUGCAGUUUUGCGGACGGGGCGCCAUGGACGACUCGCGCAGGGAYGCCCUUAGGAAACUGGGGCUGUUCAAAGACUGAUGAACUUUUUUUUUUUUUUACAUAUCAUCUCUCCUGCCAAACCAGAACUUCUACUCAGUCAUAGCGAUGGUAUGUGAGAAGUUUCCACAUCCACCUGCGUGCGAGGUGUGUCUGAUGACAGACCAGUGUUUACAGCGGAAUGAAACUCAGAACGAGAUUAACCUGCAGAGCAACAUUUUCUUCAGCCACUGUGUUGACUCCUAAGAACAUGGUUUACCUCACCUCUGCUCGUCACAGAAAGUUAAAAACUUUUUAAACUUUAACGUGGGAUAAGGGAAAACUAUAUAUUUUCUAUAUGUUUCUGUCUAAUGGUUUAUUUAUUUUUUUGUGUGUGUGCUUUUGGACUUCUCAAGCAAGCCUGGCACUGGGCUGCGACUGUUGGCGAACAGCUGGAGACAUGAAUGCCAUAAAAAUACGCACAUUUGUGCCUGAAGUCACACCRAAUUGGCACUUUUGUAAAUGCACGUUAACUGGAAUUAAAUCUCUUCUAAUAAUGUGCAAAACAGUCUACGAGCCCUCCCACAGUUCUGACUCACAUAAACUAAAUUGGGACUGAUUUGAGACUGAUUUGAGACACCUGCAACAAUUUUGAGAGAAAGUCUGUCACUUUUCAAACUUGUUCCAAAUUCCAGCAACGGGAGAACGAGGCCUUGCGACACUCGAUUGAAAGUCGGGAAWGUUUUGAGACAUUUUGAAGUUUCUCGAAAGAAGUUGUUCAUAGUUGAGGCCGACAGUCAGUUUAGUGAGAGGAUAUCUUAAAGAAAAUAAAAGCUUCUUCUAAGAUUGGAUUGAGAGUUUUAAACAGUGUGGAUGACGGGUAAACCCCCAACUAUAGGAACCCAUUAGAAACUACAUUAAUGUCAGCUUCAUGUGCUUGAAAAAUAUAAACAUUUAGGAUAAGAAUAAACUGCUGAUCAUGAACCCUUACAGAAAAACAAACACAUUAUUACAAAAACUUUUCCCAUGUUAAAUUAAAACGUUUUUAUGUUAAACCUUCACAUAUGAACUUCAUGUAAAGAAAUAUGGGAAAAGUGAAAACAACCUGUAAACUUUACAAGUUUACAUGGGUGAAAACAUGUUAAACUAACACGAAGUUCUGUUCAAGGAACACGUGACGUACGUGUUUCACGUUAAGUGAACUUUGUUCCACGUGUUUUUUUUUUUUUCUGUCAGGAAAGUAAAAAUCAUGUAAAACAAAUGUAAGAAUCUAAAAUGUCCGAUUUUAUUGAUUUUGUUUUUAAAAAGCCCUUAUGAUGAAGUUUGAUGCUGUUUUGUUUUUGUAAACUAAAGAACAUUUUCUGAAAUUUUAAACCAUUUUUUUAACUCUACAGUUUUUUGAACAGGAAGUAAAUUACAGGCUGUGAACUUUCCUUUCCUUCAUGGGAAUCUGUUUGUUGUGUUUACCUGCUGGACAUUUAGUCUUCGUUACUUCGAUGCUUUGGGAGAAAGAAGCACAUCUGUGAAACUUUAGGAGCUGAACUGAACCAGUGGAUAUUUUUACUCCUUGGACCAAACCACAGACCAGUGGRAUGGGACUGUGGGUAGGACUUGUACAUUUUUCACCAUGAGGAGGGAAGACUCUAAAACUUUUUUUAUUUUUAAGGGAUGGGCAUUGUCAGGAAAACCACACAGUCUGAAAAUACACCCGACUUACUUCUUUAUUUUCAUUCUGUCUAAAACUUUGCUGUUUUUAACAAGUGUACUGUUUAACUGUUGUAUACCUCUGUGUGUGUGUGUGUGUGUGUGUGUGUGUGUGUGUUAUAAGGACUCCGGCCUCUGUAGUUCAGCUACAGUAACUUUUGAAGUAUAUUUAGUGAUUUUUGUUUACUGACUCCGGUUCUCUGUAGUUCAGCUACAGUUCAUUUGAAGUGUCAUACAUACAGUAAAUACCUACACGCUGUUUUAGCAGGAAAUGUUUCUGCAAACUGUAAAUAUCAGCACAGAAAGAGAAAGAGAUGUGAUUUAAUGUGGUGAAAAUUGAAAAUACUGACAUGUCCAUUUUGUAUUUACAGAAAAACCUGUUCAUUUUUGCCCCUUAUUAAACAGAGUAAUAUAAAAUAAA